CAAAUAUUUAAUACACAAAACACAAUACAGUUCACUUUUGUUGAAUCAGUUCAUCUUCAGCUUUAUUUCAUUUCCUGGACUCAGUAUCCUGUUGCUUUAAUUUUCCGAGUUACGAAUUUCUUCUUUUCCUCUUUAUUUCUAGUGGGAUUUUUAAAGAAAAAAUAUUUCCUUACAUUUCAGACCUUUCAGAUUGCAGAAGCAAAGAUGGCAGAAGCUCUUUUGGGUGCUGUCCUAGAAGGAGUGGUGUCUAAACUGAUUUCUAUUACCGCUGAACGAAUCGGCCUUGCAUUGGGUUUCAAGAAGGAGCUGAAAAGACUGGGUGACUCACUACAAAUGAUCAAAGCUUUCUUUCAAGAUGCAGAGGAAAGGCAAACAAAGGACGAAGCAGUGAAGGUUUGGUUGCAGAGGCUCAAAGAUGUUGCUUAUGAGGCCGAUGAUGUCCUUGAUGAGUUUGCUUAUGAAAUUCUCCGAAGGAAAGUGGAGAUUCGGAACCAAAUUAGGAGGAAGGUACGGGACUUUUGUUCUCCCUCCAAUCCCUUUGUAUUUCGUAUCAACAUGGCUAAUAAAAUUAAGGACAUCCUUAAAACACUGGAUGACCUUAACAAAUUGGCCGCUGAUUUUGGUCUCCAAAAGAGAGCUACCGAUCCAGACCCUGAGUAUGGACGACGAGAGGAGGAGACGAGCUCCGUCCUCACGGGCUUAAACAUUAUUGGAAGGAAAAAUGAUGUCUCAAAAGUAGUUGACCUGUUAGUCAAUCCCAAAGAUGAACAGAUUGUUUCUGUUGUGCCAAUAGUAGGCAUGGCAGGUCUUGGCAAAACUACUUUAGCAAAGCUGGUGUACAAUGAUUCGAAUGUAGCAACACAUUUCGAUGUCAAAUUCUGGGUGUGUGUUUCUGAUCAUUUUGAAGUCAAGAGGAUUUUAAAAGAGAUGUUAGAGCAUUUUACUGAUGAUCAGAUCUCAAUUCCUCAAAAUAUGAAUGCAAUGGUUAAGAAACUCAAGGAGAAGAUUGAACGGGCCAAACGAGAAAAGGAUCAGAUCAAGUAUCUUCUUGUACUUGAUGAUGUGUGGAGUUUUGAAAAAUGGGACGCACUGAAGGUUCAUCUGAUGGAAAUCAGUAAAAAUGGUGGGAAUGGAGUUAUUGUGACAACACGCAUUCAAGAUGUAGCGUCAAAAGUGCAAGCACUUCCAAAUCAAAGGCAUCAACCAGGAAGAUUAGGAGACGAAGAAUGCUGGUCCCUAAUAAAACGACAAGCAUUAAGGGCCUCUCCAAUGUCUCACGAAUUAGAGUUAAUUGGAAAUGAAAUUGCUAAGCAAUGUCGAGGUGUGCCAUUGGUAGCUAAACUUAUGGGAGGGAUAAUGCGCAAAAUCGAAAGGAGUCUUUGCGCAUGGUCGAAAAUUCAAAGAAGUGAUGCAUGGGGUUCAAUGGAAAGGGUGUUAAAGUUAAGUUUCGAUCACCUGUCUUCUCCACCUUUGAAGAAGUGUUUUGCAUACUCUGCCAUGUUUCCUAAAGAUUAUUUCUUUGAAAAAGAGGAAUUGAUCCAACUGUGGAUGGCUGAAGGAUUUCUUGGCAGCUCUAUGGCAAUGGUGGAUAUUGGUGACAAAUACUUGAAUGAGUUGUUAUCAAAUUCCUUAUUUCAAGAUGUCGAGAAGGACAAAUUUGGGAAUAUUCUCACAUUCAAGAUGCACGACUCGGUGCAUGAUUUAUCUUUGUCUGUGUCAAAGUUUGAUACUUUGAUUUUUCAAGAGAAUUCCACUCUCGCCUCGAAUGAGUGUUCUCAUAUUCGUCAUCUCAAUGUUGGGUGUAAUGGGGAAUCAUUACCAGAAAUUUUAACGGUGGUUGCUCCAAAAUUAUACUCGUUGUUUUCAGAGAUUGAUGUGUUCAAGAAACUACCAAAAAGCUUCACAAGAUUAAGAGUCCUAAAGUUUGUUGGUGCUGCUAAUAUUUGUGAGUUGCCAGAUUCCCUUGGAGAAUUAAAGCACUUGAGGUAUUUGGACAUCUCAUGGACUUCUAUCGAAGCACUGCCUAAGUCCACAACCAAACUUUACAAUCUGCAAACAUUGAGGCUCUUGGGUUUACCGGGACUCACACUUCCGGAUGGAUUGGAAAUUUUGAUAAACUUGAAGCACUUGUAUUUUGGCAGAAAAGAACUUCAGCCAGUUAAUAUUGGAAACCUAACUUGUCUUCAAACAUUACCCUUAUUUUUUGUGGGAUCAGAAAGGGGACGUUCGAUUAAGGAGUUAGGAUCCCUAAACGAACUGCGUGGAGAACUGAAGAUAUGCCAUCUUGAGGGUGUUAGAGACAAACAAGAGGCUAAUGGAGCAAAUCUACGCCUUAAAGGAAAAUUGUGCAAGUUGAUAUUUGGUUUUGAAGUGAGUCAUAGUGGGAGUGGUGGUUAUAACAGUGAGGAAGUGAUGGAAGGUCUCCAACCUCACUCAAAUUUGCAAAGCUUAAUUGUUAGGAAUUAUGAAGGUGAAAGCUUUCCCUCAUGGAUGUUAAGACCUGUUGCUGAUUCUAAUACUGAUCAGUUUUUGCUUAACAAUUUGAUGGAGCUGAACAUUUUCAAUGGCAUCAACUGUGAAAGUCUUCCACCUCUGGGCCAAUUGCACAAUCUCCAGUAUCUUAAGUUGAGAAAUCUGAAGAAAGUGAAACGCAUGGGUAAUGAAUUUUAUUGCAACGAAGGUGUUGAUGGCAUGAAUAAGGUGAUCAAGGUGUUUCCUGCAUUGAAAAAAUUCACCUUAAGUGGGAUGGAAAGUCUAGAAGAAUGGACAGCAAUGGCGGAAACAAAGACGAUCAUGUUUCCUUGCUUGGAGCGGCUGAAGAUUUGGGAUUGUCCCCUGUUGAAAAGUGUUCCACUAACGGGACAAUGUUAUUCUCUUGAAAAGCUUAGCAUUUUCCGUUGUGAAAAAUUAAGCAAGAUUGGAGAUGGAUUAUCUACCUCCACUUGUCUCAAAGAAUUAGAGCUAGAAGAUUGUCCUAAUUUAAGUUCGAUCCCAAAUUUGGAAGGACUUUCCUCUCUUCAAUAUCUGUCAGUUCGAGUGUGCUACAAAUUUGAAGUUCUUCCUAUAACCGGAGGGUGUUCAUCUCUUGAAAAGCUUCGCAUUUCCAGUUGUAAAAAAUUAAGCAAGAUUGGAGAUGGAUUAUCUACCUCCACUUGUCUCAAAGAAUUAGAUUUAGACGAUUGUCCUAAUUUAAGUUCGAUCCCAAAUUUGGAAGGAUUUUCCUCUCUUCAAGAUCUGUCAGUUCUACGUUGCAACAAAUUGGAAGUUCUUACAAUAACUGGAGGAUGUUCAUCUCUUGUAAUGCUUCUCAUUUCCAGUUGUAAAAAAUUAAGCAAGAUUGGAGAUGGAUUAUCUACCUCCACUUGUCUCAAAGAAUUAGAUCUAAAAGAUUGUCCUAAUUUAAGUUCGAUCCCAAAUUUGGAAGGAUUUUCCUCUCUUCAAUUUCUGUCUGUUGAAAGUUGCAACAAAUUGGAAGUUCUUCCAAUAACUGGAGGAUGUUCAUCUCUUGAAGGGCUUCGCAUUUCCAGUUGUGAAAAAUUAAGCAAGAUUGGAGAUGGAUUAUCUACCUCCACUUGUCUCAAAGAAUUAGAGCUAGAAGAUUGUCCUAAUUUAAGUUCGAUCCCAAAUUUGGAAGGAUUUUCCUCUCUUCAAUAUCUGUCAGUUCAAUGUUGCGACAAGUUGGAGAGCUUUCCACUAAAAGCACCACUGUCAUCCCUUAAAAAAUUGAUGAUACGUGAUUGCCCUAAUUUGAAGCCCAUUCCAAGUUUAGAUGGACUCUCUUCUCUCACAGAAUUAGAAUUUGGGAAAGUAGGCGAAGAAUGGAGUCGUCUGCUACCAAAUAUGUUGCAAUCCAACGUUUCCCUUUGCAGUCUAACAAUAUUAAAUUUGCCUGAUCGGACAUGGAUUCAAGAUGCCAGCCUUGGUAGGCUUAACUGCUUGAGAGAUUUAGCUAUCGGUGGUUUCUCAGAAGAGCUGCAAGAAUUCCCAUGGCCCUGUUCCAUUCAAUAUCUCAGUGCCUUCCUUCUAGAUCUAAAACUGAUUGGUUGGGAAAAGCUAAAGAGUCUUCCUCACCAACUUCAGUUCUUCACUGCCCUCGAAGCAUUGAGGAUAGAAGAGUUUCAAGGAAUAGAAGCCUUUCCAGAAUGGUUGGGAAAACUUUCUUCCCUAAAGCGUCUGACUAUCAAAUUUUGCCCAAAGCUCAUGUACCUGCCUUCUGUUGAUGUUAUGCGAAGCCUCACCAAAUUAGAAAGAAUUAACAUUCUAUUUUGUCCUAAAUUAAAGACAAGAUGUAAGAGGGAGAGUGGCCCUGAAUGGUCCAAGAUUUCCCACAUUCCACAUAUAUCUAUUAAGGGUCGGAGCUUUUGUGGCAUAAUGUUGCAGGAUUAAGUUUGGGCAUAGAUACUUUUGAGACUAUCAGUUUGAGAACCAAAUUAUGAAUUGAAUGUGUGGACACAAGACAAAAGGAGAUGCUGAAAGGGCUGGAGUCAGAGUGAAUGAUUCUCCUUUUCAACAUUGAAGAGCUAUAAUAUAAAAGACAGCUUUGGUUCACCAAUUCAGGGGUUUAUCUGAUAUCUGUCUGAGCUGAUUUUUGGACAAUGGCUAUUUCGAUUGUGCAAGGUUGGAUUUUUCAUACGGAUUUUGUAUCUUUAGGUUUUUCAUUUUCAAUGUUAGUCAUUUUUGGGUGAUAUCCUCUACUUUUCAGCAAAUAGUUUUGUUGUUAUAUGCUUUUUAUUGUGGUUUUGUAUUGUGAUGUUGUAACAAACCUUUUGAGUAUAGUGAAGUUUUUUAGUGGACUUUCAA